AUGGAACAAUCCAAAUUCAGACCUGAAUCAAGCUUGAAUAUUGUGUCCAUUUUUGCCCCAACUGUUCAGGGUUGGACCUCUGCGGGCGUAUCUAGUUGUGUUUUGGUCUGUUUUUCUCAAACUAUAAGUAAUAGGACUAUCAACAUAAUAUCAGUGAUUAGUAAAGAAGGCGAGACAUUUCAGCGUGUGCACUGUUGUUGGACAACAACUCAAAAAUGCUUUCUUUCAGAUUGGCAAACUAUACGUUCAAUGCCAGCUAGUGAACCUCAAAUGGUAGCUUUCUAUGCCUACAUGUCAUCAAGUAUCCCAGCCCCAAGCAUCCAUUACCAACUGGUUUUUGACAUUGCUAAAACUAAUAUUGGAAGAGGGUACAACCAUUACACGGGAACCUUCAAUGCUCCGAUUCAAGGUGUGUAUGUCUUUGUAUGGACGAUAUAUACGCAAUAA